AUGCCACCAAAAUUCUGCGCCAAAUGUCUCGAUGAAGAGGAAGAAGUUGCAGCAACUCAUCACUGUCCAACAUGUGAUCUGUUAAUGUGUGAGGUCCAUUUGAUGUUACACAAUAAGGUGGCCAAGACUAAAGGACAUGCUGCCGAUGUGGUGGAAGUUAAAGAGGAAGAGGAAGAAAAGAAACAAAUAAUGUGUCAAAUGUGUAUGGAAGAUGAUGAGGAAACAGCUGCCUUGUACUUUUGUCCUAUUUGCAAGUUGAAUAUCUGUGAACUUCAUUUGAAUUUGCAUAACAAGAUGAGCAAGACAAAGGGUCACGAAAAGGAGAUCAAGAUAUUGGGAGAGGACGGAUUGAGUACUUGUGCUCAUUGUCAAGCUCAUUGUCCUGAUGAUUUUGUUGAUGCUGUCUUUGCCUGUAGAGAAUGUAAAACUAAUUUGUGUUAUCAUCAUGCUAAAAUUCACACUCUUGCUUGUAAUCAUGCCAAAAAUCCAAAACCUCAAGGUGAAGGAUGUUCCCAACUCGAUACCAACUCGUUCCGUCUAUUGGCCGAUAACAAGUUUAAACAAUUUGCAGGAGAUUUUGAAUUUGUUGGAUUUUUGGGAUCAAGUAAUGAAGCUCAGGAUGAAUUUUUCUUGAAAGGAAGUGAAGGAAAGCAACCUCAACAAUUCAAAAAACCAAAUGGAUUGAAAAUUAACAUUUAUACAAAGGAAAUAUUUGUUUGUGACUCUCAAAAUUGUAGAAUUCAAGUUUUUGAUUUGACCACAAGAGCAUUCAAACGUGAAAUGAAGUUUUUCAGCUUUUCACCACUUCAUCUUGAUUUUGAUCUUUCAGAUGACACUAUGAUCAUUAGUGGUGAUAAUCAAACAGUUGCCAAGUACACAAUGGAUGGUAGAACUUUAAUUUGGGAAUAUGGUAAACCAAACAAUUAUACUGCAACCGAUGAGACAUUUGGUAAUUGUCGUGGUAUUGUUGUAGAUAAUGAAGGGGAUGGAAAUGUUUACAUUGCCGAGUGGAAUAACGAUAGAGUGAAGGUAUUGACAAGAGAUGGCAAGUUUGUCAAACACUUUAUUGAAAAGCAAUUAUGGACUGCUCCUCAAGGAUUGGCUAUUAGAAAUGGAAAUUUACUAGUCAAUUCUCGUUGUUAUGGUCAAGGACAAGUUGCUGAAUUGAGUCUUCCUGAUGGAGAAUUUAUUAAGAGUUAUGGUAAAAAGCAAGACCUGGAUCCUGAACUCCAAGAUUCAUGCUACAUGUGUGUUGAACGAUUUUCAGGAAAUAUUGUCAUUGCGGAUACUGACGAUUCGUGGACCUCUCCAAUUAAAUUCAUCAAGGGUCAAAGUUUACUCAAACUUGAAAAACCAAGAGGGCAAGGAAAGUUACAUUUCAGUGCCCCAACUGGCAUUGACAUUGAUCCUUACACUGGUUUAUUGUAUGUAUGCGAUCGUGAAAAUAAUCGUGUUCAAAUAUUGAAAUAA